ACUGCGCGUUUCGGCGGCGAUCGGUAGGGUGGCGGUUGGUUUCGCGAUCCGCCCGCGCCGGCUGCGCUGCUGGGGGCGAUCUGGGCGCACCGCGCCUGAUGUUUGCAACUGUAGAUUUGCUUGCCUAAGGACCUCGUUCGAAGCAGCUGUGCCGUCGUGUUAACGCGCGCGAGCACGGCAGGUUGGAAUCUCCGCGCACCGCUGCGGCAAUCGAGGCUAUCAAAGCGAUCUUGUGAACGCGUGCUACUGCGACGUCACCAGAGUGGUGGCGGAAACAGCGGACUGCAGCAGUGCAUACCACAUUUUAGGCUUAAUUUCUUGAGCCGUCUUGUGAUUGACAGCGAUUUCUUGUGUCAUUUGCCCCAAGUCUCGUCGAACCGGCGUGUUUGUGACUGCAGCGAGCUCGUCUGUGACCCUGCCUGACACAAGCACAGGAAUGCGCAGGAAAAGUGACCUCGUGAAUCACAGCGCGUUUCGCUGCUGUUUCUGCUGUCAUGUUCGCACUGGCACGGUGAUUCUGGGCAUCUGGCAUUUGAUUCUCCAUGUCCUUGCCUUGGCGAUUCUCGUCAGCAUGAUGCUGCGGCCGGAGCUAAUCGAAAAGCUGUACGGAAACAACGGAUCAGCGACGACACAGCUUUCGGGCAGCUUCAUCACCCGCUUUCGUCCCUCCGUCUACAGCCACGAACUUUCUGACAUGGCCAAUGACCCGAAGCUGGCAAGCAUCCGUGAUGAGGACCUUCAUGUGGCUCUAGCCAUCACCGUCUGCACAGGAGUUGUUACCCUGUUGCUACUGUAUGGAACCAUAUGGGGUCAGCCAACGUACCUGAUGCCGUUCUUCUGCCUGCAAGUGUUUGACUUCGUGCUGUCGGCACUGACAGUGGUGGGAUACUUCUCGUACAUGCCGGAUGUGCGCCGCCUGGUGGCAUCGUCGCGAGACCUGCCCCUGCAGAAGGAGCUGCUGCGUCUCGACCCCCAGUGGCUAUGCACCGUUGUCAUGGUUGGCUUCGUUGCCUGCAUGAUGAUCAAGGCCUAUGUGAUGGGAAUUGUCUGGUCCUGUUACAAAUACCUGCGACUCAGGCAAGAAGCGAGCCUUCCUGAUGUGGAAUCUGACUCUGAGGUGUUGCCGUACGGCCAGGCCCUGUUGCCACCUGAUUACGAGACAGCGACCAAGAUGCCUGCAUUUGUGCCCGUCUACGCACCUCCGCCGUACCCAAACCACAGCACCUGAAUACACUGACACGGCAGUCGGCGCGUGGAAAAUGGUCACCACCACCCGAAGCAGCUUCCAGCUGCCAAACGGCACUUGCGGUCUCUAAAACGGCCCACUUCUGUGCAAAUCUGGACGUCCUGUGUACAUUUUGAUGUAUUUUCCUUGGUUUCAUGUCAGUUCAUAACCGCACCCCACAAAAAAGUAUGAAUUGAGGAUUGCAUGUCACAGACACGAAGACAGUAAUGCUUUUGUUUCUUUUAACGCUCUAUAUCUCCUUUUUUCUCAAAACAUCGGAAAAGGAAAUUGUAACAAGCUGCUUGUAUGCAGGCUGUAUUUGGGGUUCACGGUGUGCAGCUUCGUGACAGUGCUUUGCCAGAAGCAAAGAAAAUUGAAAUUCGAGAAUGUAUGUGUAAGGCCAGCGAGGAUCCUGGAUUGCUAGAAUACGGGAAGCUCAGCUUGUAGGUCAGGUUCGUUUUGCUUGUUCUGGUAGUUGCGGAACACCCUCCAGAGGUUGUCCGACUAUGCGUGCAACUAUCGUAGUAUUGCAAAGAAAGAUUUACAGCUUUCGUUGGAAGUGGGCAGUCCACAUUUCAUUUGGCACGAGGUCACCGUGGACCAGCAUAGUCUUGACCUCUGCUAUUCCCCGAGUGAUCCAGCAUUCCAGUGAGAGUGGAACUAACCAACACGCACGUGUCGUUUGUUUCUACAUUAGUAUACGUCCUUUGUCAAAACUGUGCAGGCCACGCUGUUUCGAGCUCGGAGUCCCAUAGCAAUGUAAAGCCAUGAGGCCCACUAACAGCUGUUGGUUUAACAUGCAGUACCCCAGAUUCUUUCAUCAGAGGCUGUGCAUUAUUUUUUUUAAUAUGCUUCUUUAUCGUUUUUUGUAUUUUAAGCUACCCACUCCUCGCUUGCUUUAUGACCUCGUACAUUUUCUAUUUGCUGGUCUACUGAAACCCCUUUAUGCUGUCUACUUGUGUCUGGGUACUUUCUCCUACCCCCUCCUAGUCAUGCGUUUGUUUCAUGUGCUGCUUGCACAUACCGUAAAUGGGCCUUUCAUCGCGUGUAGCUCGGGCAUUUCCCAAGACCGACAGUGCUCUCAACAAAAAAACAAGCGCAAUUUGCACUUGAUACAUUACUAAAAAUGCUUGUCUGGUGCCUGUCCAAACUUGAUGAGCAUCGGUAGCAAAUCUGGCAUUGUGGGAAGGGGAGAUGACUUUAUGGAGAUGUAGGAUUGCUUACGUUAUACAUAGAUGCAACCGAUAAGACAUGCGUGUUGUCUGUUACAAGUGCAAUGUUCUAGAGUUUGCCUUCUUGUUUCUGGUUAUUGUGGGUGCUACUCAAUUUAGUGCAGUUUUAUUUUACGUUGUUCUUUGUUUCAUGGUUAAAUGCACAUAUUUCUAGUAGACCACCCACCUCUCUCUGUGUGUAAUGAAAAACCUCUUUCUUGCCAGGGAGGGAAAACAAUGUAUCUGCGAUGUAGUGUGCAGUGAAAUAAAACUUGAAAAACAAA